AUGUCUCUCAAGGACCAUAGGCUCUUUGAGCCCAUACGCCUUGGACGCAACAAGCUGUCCUCGCGAAUCGUCAUGGGCCCGCUUGGUAGCACCCUAGCCGACGAGAACAACGUCCUGGACGACUCUGCCAGAGAGUACUACGGAAAACGAGCUUGUGUGCCAGGAACCCUCAUUAUCGGCGAAGCCACAUUUGUGUCAGCACAAGCAGGUGGGACGAGUGAAUGCAGAGCGGGCAUCUAUACCGAAGCACAGAUCAAUUCAUGGAAGAGGAUCGUGGACAGUGUUCAUGACGCUGGGAGUUACAUCUACCUUCAGCUUUGGGCCUUGGGACGAAGCGCCGAACCCGAGAUCAAAGCAAGAGAUGGCACGGGCGAUGUUGUUUCCAGCUCUGCGGUUGCACAAGAAGGCGGUCCCGUGCCGCGGGCAAUGACCGAGGAAGAGAUCUGGACAUAUGUCAGCGACUAUGCGACGGCUGCGAAAGUGGCAGUUGAGGUUGCAGGCUUCGAUGGUGUAGAGUUGCAUGGCGGUAACAACUCUUUGAUCGACCAAUUCACGCAAGACGUGGUCAAUCAGCGUACAGACGGCUGGGGCGGUAGCAUUGGAAAACGAUCCCGCUUCGGCAUAGAGGUUACUGCAGCCGUUUGUGCAGCUAUUGGAAGUGAUCGCGUCGGCUAUAGGAUCUCCCCAUUCAGUACCUACCAGAGUAUGGGGAUGAAAGAUGCGGUCCCGCAGUUCUGCGACCUUCUAGCUGGCCUCAAGGCGCUUAACAUUGCGCAUAUCCAUCUUGUGGAGUCUAGGAUAGCCGGGCGGGUCGACGUUGAAGCUGGCGAGUCUCUCGACCCGUUUAUUGAGCAAUGGGGCAAUCACAGCCCAAUCAUACUCGCUGGUGGCUUCAGUCCGCAAUCUGCAGCCACUGCCGUUGACGAAGAGUACAAAGAUAAAGAUGUGCUGAUUGCUUUUGGACGAGCGUUUGUCACGAAUCCAGAUCUUGUACGGAAAAUCAGAGACGGGACUCCUCUCGCAGAGUGA